GCUCGUGGCUAUUUGCCUCAAUAUAGGUUAUCAGGGAGCGUAAUUCUCAUUAUUUCCAGUUUAAGUAUUGCUAACAUUUGCUGAUAUUGGCUUUUUUGUUAUAUAUUCGCAAAUAAAUUCUGAACGGUCAAAGUACACAAUUUCUUAUAUAUGAUAUAUUCGAACGACAAUAGUAGAAUGUAUCGAUAACAGUAGUGAUUUGUUGUGAACAAAUGCUGUAGUAAAGUAUAGCGCUAUUAGGCACCUGAUAGCCAUCGAAACAUUAUCCCAACAAACAUUUAAGGUUGGAGAACGAUCAGAAAACGUAAUGUGUUUCUCAAAGAUAGAAGGUUAGCAUUCUGUGGCUAAGGCUUUUGGGUACAGUGGGAUAUCAGCGGAAGGUCCAAAGAAGAGAAGUGGAAAAUUAUUUCAAUAAAAUGCGGAAUCAUCAUUUGAGCGAGUAGCCAUAAAUUUGACACUCGUUGUUAUGAACUACUUCAGCCAGCACUUUUCAUGAAAGAUCUAAAUUAUUAGCAUGAAGGAUACAUAUAUACAUUUUUUAAUAAUGCAAAUUAAGAUGGAGAAGGUUUGGGAAACUAAUUUCGAUGUGUUACAAUGCGGAAAAAGUACUCUAAGGAUUAAUAUAAAGGAAGCUGAGGGACGUGAACUUGCUCGCAGACUUGUUCUAACUCAUGAUGUUUUAAUUGAUCCGUUUCGACCUGGAGUCAUGGAAAAUAUUGGCCUUGGACCAGAUGACUUGUGUAAGGAAAACCCAAGGUUAAUUUACGCCCGUUUAACAGGAUUUGGCCAAUAUGGACCCUUAGCCAAGCGAGCCGGACAUGACAUUAACUACCUUGCUAUUUCUGGUGUGCUCUCUAUGCUCCGCUCUCAAAAUAACAAGCCAACACCACCUAUUAAUAUUUUAGCAGAUUUUGCUGGCGGAGGUUUAAGUUGUGCUUUAGGAAUUUGUUUAGCACUUCUAGAACGCCAUCGUUCUGGGUGUGGACAAAUAAUUGAUGCUUCCAUGUGUGAGGGUGUUGCUUACUUAUCCUCAUGGUUGUUUUUGUCUCGUUCCCUUCCCAUCUGGGGAAACUCUGCAGGACAAAACAUGUUAGAUGGAGGAGCUUUCUUUUAUGAUUCAUACGAAACAAAAGACGGUAAAUACAUGUCUGUAGGAGCAUUGGAACCACAGUUCUUCAAUACAUUUAAACAAAAAUUGGGAUUGCCUGAACUUACUCAGUAUCCUGAAAAUCAAUCCCAGAAAGAAAGUGCCAGAGAUGCAGUAAAGAAAGCUUUUCUAGAAAAAACACAAGCUCAUUGGUGUAAAAUAUUUGAAAACGUCGACGCUUGUGUUUUCCCAGUUGUUGAAUGGGAAGAAGUAGCAACUUACAAUCACAAUAAAUUGAGAUCAAACUUUCAAGAAUUGAAUAAUGAACUAGCGCCUGUGCCAUCACCUAUCCUGAGUAGAACUCCUGGAAGUCUAAAAAGUAAAUAUAAAAAUUCUAGCGCCGCACAAUUUUUUAAAAAUAUUGGUUUAAGUAACGAUGCUUCAAACGAAAUGGUCGAGAAUGGCGAAAUUUUAUUUACCAACUGUAAUGCUAAGCUGUGAGUGCUUCUUUUGACAUAAAAUAUGAAGAAAUCCCUGUGCAAACUACUUUUUCGAAAAACAUAUAUGUAAUCGAAAAAGCAGUUCUAAUGCAUUAUAUAGUUAAGUUAAUUGUAAUGCAAGUGGUUGCAUACGUAUCCACAUAAAAAAAGCAGAGACGCUUCGAUUAUUCAGAAAUUCUCGGUAAAUUACAGAAAAUGUGUUGCAGUGCAAUUUAAGCCUUAACCUGUUAAGUAAUUAUGUCGUAUAUGUGCGUCAAUUUCAAAAGUUCAUUUUUUAGUUAAUGUCGUAUAUGUGCAUGACGCCGAAAAAGGAAAUUGCAUUAGCUAUGAAAUUUAAAGUUAAGCAAAAAACGAAAAUUUCCCUGUUUUUUGGCAUUAUAAAGUAAGCAUGAACACUGAAUUUCCUGAUAAUCGUUAUCAUAAUCGCUCAGCCAACGCGCACGGUGAAUCCAAUAUUUGGUUGAAAACUGGUUUUGCAUCGACAGUCCAUCGCUUGAAAGUAAUUCAGCACAGUAAAUCGAGCUGUCUAAGAAAAACUAAUCGCUUAACAGGUUAAAUAAGCAUUAUUCGUUAUUUACAAUGAAGUGAAGCUAUGUAUUCCAAACUACAUUUCGGUUAAUAUAAACCCCAUAAUUUUAUGUUAUUGAGAAUGUUAAUUUCGUUAGUACGCAAAUAUGGGCGUUUUCUACAAUGUAUGUACACAAUGUAAAAGUAUCGCAUCAAUACUGUAU